AUGAAGGAAUCUUGCUGAAGCCUAUUCUACUGUAUUUUAACACAUAACGCUUUCGAUCUCAUUUCAUAACGCAUCAAAACGCACUAUACUAUUUGCUGUAUUAUGGAUUCAGAGUAUUGCUGUAAUAUCUGUCAUGUUGUUUAUUUCUGUGAAGCCAUAUUUCUUUCAUUUUACUACCGGUAUGCACGGUAAAAAGGGCAAACUUGGGGGGCUGUCUUUGCGCGCGGUGCGCCGCCCAACCGGAGAUGCGCGAGCGGACACUGGCUCAUUCGCUCUGGUGCGGACACCGGAGUCAGCAAGGCAUGUGUUUGGACACCGGCGUUUCGAUUAAAUAGAAAAGACACUUACAGAAACGAAACACCUGAGCGUUUUCCUUUCCCACCGGCUGUUAUUUGCCAACGGCCGUUUCUCGCGCCAUCAGUUGUUUGAAUUGCCACCUCACGCAGGAUUGCAGCUCCCUGCUCUUCGUAAACAUUCGUGAAUGGAAAGCAACUGCAGAACAGAUAUACAUCUUGUCAAACGUUUCUCGAAUCCUCUGCAGUUUUGUGAUUGAUUAGCUGGAUCCUCUUGCAUCCUCUGAGGGAAGAUGGAGACCUUCUUCGCAGAGGGUUCUCGAGUGUGGGUGAAGCAUAAAGAUCAGCUGGUUCCGUCUACAGUGAACUCCUGUGGAGAUGGAACCGUGGUGCUCACCACCGACUACGGGGAGGUAGUGUACCUGCAGCAGGCAGAGGUGAACAGGGAGAAGGUGUCCCCUAUGCACCAGAGCAGCAUUGAUGGAGUGGAGGACAUGUCCACGUUGGCAGAGCUUCAUGAGGCCGCCAUCAUGCACAACCUUCAUCAGCGAUACCAGAAAGACAACAUCUAUACUAACAUAGGCUCUAUCCUGGCGGCUGUGAAUCCUUAUAAGCAGAUCGGAGGGCUGUACGAUCUCUCCGCAGUGGAGCUGUACAGUCAGCAUCAUUUGGGCGAGCUGCCGCCACAUAUCUUUGCUAUUGCCAAUGAGUGUUACCGCUGCUUAUGGAAGAGACAUGAUAGCCAAUGUGUGCUGAUUAGUGGUGAAAGUGGAGCUGGGAAAACAGAAAGCACCAAACUACUGCUGCAGUUCCUGUCUGUCAUGAGCCAAAACUCUGCCGGGACACCGCCCACAGAGAAGAGCACGCGCGUGGAGCAAGCCAUCGUACAGAGCAGCCCCAUCAUGGAAGCAUUUGGAAAUGCCAAAACAGUCUACAACAACAACUCUAGUCGUUUUGGGAAAUUCAUUCAGCUUCAUUUCUCUCAAAGCGGGAACAUCCAGGGAGGAUGCAUCGUCGACUAUUUGCUUGAAAAGAAUCGAGUGGUAAGGCAGAAUCCAGGGGAGAGAAACUAUCACAUCUUUUAUGCUUUGCUGGCCGGGGCCAGCAAAAGCCAAAAGGAAACAUAUUUUCUAGAAGACUCCCCUGAGUUAUUUUACUACCUGAGUCAGACGGGAUGUGUGAAGGACCGCAGUCUCGAUGACAAGCAGCAUUUUGACGACGUCAUGGAGGCUCUGAAGGUCAUGGAGUUCACAGAGGAAGAGAUCAGAGAUAUGUUUAAACUGCUGUCUGGAGUUCUGCAACUCGGCAAUGUGGAGUUCAUGACAGCAGGGGGCGCGCAGAUCACCACCAAACAGGUUGUAACUAAUGUGAGCGAGCUCCUGGGCCUGGACUGUUUUCAGUUGUCUGAGGUUCUGACACAGCGUUCCAUGAUCCUCAGAGGAGAAGAGAUCUGCUCUCCACUCACAGUGGAACAGGCGAUAGAUUCCCGGGAUUCAGUUGCCAUGGCGCUUUAUUCUCAGUGCUUCUCGUGGAUCAUCAUGCGAAUUAAUCAGAAGAUAAAGGGCAAAGAUAAUUUCAAGUCUAUUGGAAUCCUGGAUAUCUUUGGUUUUGAGAACUUUGAGGUGAACCGUUUUGAGCAGUUCAACAUUAACUAUGCUAAUGAGAAACUGCAAGAAUAUUUCAACAAACAUAUUUUCUCUCUGGAGCAACUGGAAUACAACAGGGAAGGGAUUCACUGGGAAGCCAUUGAUUGGAUGGACAAUGCAGAAUGCCUGGAUCUGAUUGAGAAGAAACUGGGCAUGUUAGCUCUGAUUAAUGAGGAGAGCCGAUUUCCAAAAGGCACUGACUUCACCCUGCUGGAGAAACUACAUGGCAGACACUCUACUAAUCCCUACUAUGUGAAACCCAGAUUGGCAGACCAUCAGUUUGGAAUAAAGCACUAUGCUGGAGAGGUCUUAUAUGAUGUGAGGGGGAUCUUAGAGAAGAACAGAGACACAUUUAGAGAUGAUAUACUGAACAUGCUGAAGGAUAGCAGAUUGGAUUUCAUCUAUGACCUUUUUGAGCAAGUGAGCAGCAGAAACAAUGAGGAGACCUUGAAGAUGGGCACGGCCAGAAAAAAGCCCACUGUCAGCUCUCAGUUCAGAGACUCUCUUCAUUCUCUAAUGGCCACUCUCAGUGUAUCCAACCCCUUCUUUGUGCGCUGCAUCAAACCCAACAUGGACAAGAACCCAAACAAGUUUGACCCAGACGUGGUUCUGAAUCAGUUGCGGUACUCUGGCAUGUUGGAGACAGUGAAGAUCCGCAGAGCCGGAUUCCCUGUCAGACGCACCUUUAAAGACUUCUUCAGCAGAUAUAAGAUCAUUCUCAAAGAGAAGGAAAAGGCAGCUGUGGCUUCCAAUGGAGAUGAGAAAAAGAAGAGCACAGAUUUGCUGACACUCUAUGACAGGACCAAAAAGGAGUGGCAGUUUGGAAAGACCAAGGUAUUCCUAAAGGAAUCUUUGGAACAGAAGCUGGAGAAGCAGAGAGAUGAAGAGCGAAGCAAAGCCGGACUGAUCAUACGAGCCUAUCUUCUGAGAUAUAUAGCAAGAAAGAACUUUAAGAAGGCUCUGGAAAGCAUUGUGACAAUCCAGAAGAACUACCGCGCUCAUCUCUAUCGACGACGGUUUCAACGGAAACGUGCAGCUGCACUGGUUCUCCAGAAACACAGGCGAGGGCAAGUGGCAAGAGGAGUCUGCCGCAAACUACGAGAGGAGAAGAGGAAGAGAGAGGAGGAGGAAAACAAAAUGAAAGAAGAGGAGGAGAAGAAAACAGAGGGAGAUCAUGAAAAGAAAAAUGAGAAGGAAGGAGAGGAAGGGGCAGCAGAGCCUCCACCCUCUGCUGAGGAGGAGACCCGUCAGAUGGAGGAAAUUCUGCGCUUGGAGCGAGAGAUUGAGCGUCUGCAGAAGAAAAGAGAAGACGGUGUGUCUAUGCUACGUGAGAGCUCGAGACAAGAACUCCGAUUGCGGCGCGAUGCCGAGAUCCUGCGUCAGAAAAAGAAGGCUUCCCGUGUUGCCACUGAAUUUCUCGAACUACUCGACACCGGAGGUCCAGAAGUCAUCCCUGGUGAUCCUAAACAACCUGCCUCCAGACCGGCAGCUGCCACUGAGGAAGAGGUAGACGAAGGCUUCCACGCAGAGGAAGAGUGCAUACCACUUCCUGAGUUCCCUCCUCCAGCAGAAGGUCCAGUGGAUCAGGAGAUCUUAGCCACUCUGCCACCUCCUCCUCCCGCUUUCGCAGAGGGCACGGUGGCCCCAUCUGCACCCAAUGUUCCACCUGGGGCUCCGCCUCCACCUCCUCCUCCACCCCCUCCCCCUCUCCCUGGCGAAACCAAAAAGGAAGAUGGAAAGCCUGAAGAGGCUAAAACAGUUAAAGAGGUGGAUGGGAAAAAGGAGGGAGAGGACGUAGACCGCACCAGCAAGCUGACAGCAGCGGAGUCUCUGCCGGACACAGAGGAACCCAUCUACAGCGUGCCCGGGGAUGGCGAGUCGGACUACGACCAAGACGAUCUGGAGGAUGGACAGAGCAGCACUGCGGCAACGGACACAGAACAUGCACGCAAGUCCACCUGCACCAACGCAAGCCAGGAGUCCUACAACCGCAGCUCAGACUCAUAUGCUGAUAGCGAUGAUGAGCAUGAUGGGUAUGUGGACACAGAUGAGGAGGUAUCCAAUGGUAAAGUCAACAUCUUGAAUGGGAACGGACCUCCGUACUUCCACAGUUACCUUUACAUGAAGGCUGGGUUGAUGAUCCCGUGGCGCAGGCGUUGGUGUGUUUUGAAGGACGACACCUUCAUGUGGUUUCGCUCUAAACAGGAGUCAUUAAAGUCAGGCUGGCUGUACAAGAAGGGAGGCGGACUUUCCACACUCUCUCGCAGGAACUGGAAGAUGCGCUGGUUCGUUCUGCGUGACUCCAAGCUCAUGUACUUUGAGAAUGACAGCGAGGAGAAGCUGAAAGGGACAAUCGACAUUCGUUCGGCCAAGGAGAUUGUGGAUAAUCAUGAGAAAGAGAAUGCUCUGAAUAUUGUGACAGAUGAAAGAACAUACCAGGUGUUUGCCGAGUCACCAGAGGAUGCCAGUGGUUGGUUUACCGUGUUGAGUCGGGUCCACAUUGCCACACCAGAGCAGCUACUGGAGAUGUCACAUGAGCAGGCCAACCCAAAGAACGCUGUGGGCACACUGGAUGUUGGAUUGAUUGAUUCAGUUUGUGCUUCAGACAAUCCUGACAGGCCCAAUUCAUUUGUGAUCAUCACAGCCAAUCGUGUGAUCCACUGUAACUCAGACCUGCCGGAGGAAAUGCAUCACUGGAUUAGUCUGCUGCAGAAACCUAAAGGCGACUCCAAGAGUGAUGGACAGGAGUUCCUGGUUAGAGGAUGGCUUCACAAGGAGAUGAAGGCGGGGGCCAAAAGUUCUGCUCUCAAACUGAAAAAGCGCUGGUUUGUCUUGACUAACAACUCGCUGGACUACUACAAGUCUUCUGAACGUAAUGCAUCGAAGAUGGGCACUCUUGUUCUGAACAGCCUGUGCUCUGUGGUCCAGCCUGAGGAGAAAAAGUUUAAAGAGACAGGUUAUUGGAACAUCAUAGUUCAUGGACGUAAACAUUCAUACCGUCUGUACACCAAAAUGCUAAAUGAGGCCAUGCGCUGGGUGUCUGCCAUUCAGGGCGUCAUUGACAACAAAGUGCCCAUUGAAACGCCCACCCAGCAACUCAUUAGAGACAUCAAGGAGAACAGUGUUAACUCUGAGGCUGUGGAACAAAUGUAUCGAAGGAACCCAAUUCUCAGAUAUACUCAGCACCCCUUGCAUUCACCUCUUCUGCCACUGCCCUACGGAGAGGUCAGCGAAAGCCUGCAAAAGGAGAAGGGUUAUGGAAGCCUGCAGGAUGAGGCAGUGAAGAUCUUUAACUCACUUCAGGAGAUGGAGAUCGUUUCAGACCCUGUUGCCAUCAUUCAGGGCAUCCUGCAGACCUGCCACGAUCUGCGGCCACUGAGAGACGAGGUGUACUGUCAGCUGAUCAAACAGACCAAUCACGUGCCCCAACCCAACAGCCCCGCAAACCGCGCACACUGGCACCUGCUCACCUGCAUGAGCUGUACCUUCCUGCCCAGUCGAGCCAUUCUGCGUUACCUUCGAUUCCACUUGAAGAGGGUUAGAGAGCGCUACCCUGGCACUGAGAUUGAGAAGUAUGCCCACUUCAUUGGUGAGUCCCUGAAGAAGACAAAGACCAGGGAGUAUGUGCCCUCUCAGGAGGAGAUCGCCGCCCUGCUGAACAGACAGGAAAUGACAACUACUGUGUACUGCCAUGGAGGAGGGUCUUGCAAGAUAUCCAUCAACUCACACACCACAGCUGGAGAGGUGGUGGAGAAGCUGAUUCGUGGUCUGGCGAUGGAAAACAGUAGGAACAUGUUCUCUUUGUUUGAACACAAUAAGGUGGAGAGCCGGGCCAUUGAAAGCCGCGUAAUUGUGGCAGAUGUGCUCGCGAAGUUUGAGAGGUUGGCAGGUGGUGAGGAUGAGGAGGAGGAAGGGCCCUGGAGGCUAUAUUUCAAGCUUUAUUGCUUUCUUGAUGUGGAAAGCAUGCCCAAAGAGGGAGUGGAAUUUGCCUUCAUGUUUGAGCAGGCUCAUGAGAGUCUCAUCAGUGGUCAUUUCCCAGCCUCAGAGGAAACCCUUCAGCACUUAGCAGCCCUGCGACUGCAGUACAUCCACGGUGAUGUGGCCCGUACGCCCUGGAGCCUGAGCAGUGUGUACCCCGUUGGACGACUCCGUACACGCAUCUUCCAGUCCACUAAAGCAGGGGGUGCCGGAGUACCCGGGGCUGGUAUAGUAGGGCCAGGAGGUCACACUUUGGAACGCCGGAAGACCAACUUCCUGGACGGGACGCUGAGACGCAGCUUUAAGACGGGAUCGCUGAAGAAACAGCGUGUGGAGGAGGAACAGAUGCUGGAGAUGUUUGUAAAGGAGGAGAUGUCAGCCACACUGACCAGCGUGUUGGAGAAAUGGAGCCGUCUACAGGGCAUGCCUCAGCACCAGGCCAUGCUCAGUUACAUGACCGUCAUCAAAGAGUGGCCGGGAUAUGGGUCUACACUGUUUGAUGUGGAGUGUAAGGAGGGUGGCUUCCCUCAUGAUCUGUGGCUGGGCGUCAGUGCUGAAAACGUCUCUGUGUACAAACGGGGCGAACCCAAACCACUGGAAACUUUCCAGUAUGAGCACAUCGUUUUCUUCGGAGCACCUCAGCCCAGCACAUACAAAAUCAUUGUUGAUGAAAGGGAGAUGUUCUUCGAGACGUCUCAGGUGGGUGAAAUCACUAAGAUCAUGAAGGCGUACAUCAACAUGAUCGUCAAAAAGCGCUGCAGUAUCAUGUCCAUCACCAGCAACAGCAGCACCUGGAUGAGGUGAUCGACACCAACCAGAGCCCAAAAGUGUCCUGCAAGUGAGGUAUACUACUGACUGUUGAUGAUUGGAGAAAGAGAAGGAGAGCAGAGAAGAAACUGAGACUUCACCUCGCCAACUAUUUUAACUUAACCUACUACAAUCCUGUCUGACCUGUCCUAAAUACAACAGCACACAUAUUUAUUUGGACCAAUUUCACCUUUACGAAGCACAACAAAGCCUGGUAACCUGCUCACUGUUCCCAUCCCUCACUGCCAGCACUCUGACUUAUGACCAAACUUAUUUAUUUCCUUGUCUCCUCUUCUCCAUUUUGUUCCCUUCUCUCUAUCCUCAGUUUUUAGUCAGUGAUGUUGUACCUAUCCGCCAUCCACCUACAACUCCAUUUACUGGUAGUUUUACUGAGGUGUGUAUAUUGUGCUUGUGUGUGAGAUCAAAGUUUACACAUACACACACACACACAGGUGUUUGCUUUGUGGAGCACAUACAUUUUGUAAAGCCAUGACUGCUGGAGGCCAUUCAGAGAGCAACAAGGAGGAGAAAGCUAUGCGUUAACAUUCUCAUUCAUCUCAAUGGCAGCUGCUAGGCUGGCGCAGGACCCCCCAGAAGUAUGCGAUUUGAAUUCUGCCAUCAGUUUCACAUACAUAUUUUUUUGAGCCAAUCACCUGAGCCAUAAAUACCAUGUGACUUAUCACUCUCUGGAGCUGCAGAAAAAUGACGUCAUGGCAGCACUGAUUGGCUGAUGGUGCCACAAGGAACUUGCAGUCGUUUCAAAAAAAUUAGUCACUGAUAAAACAUCUACUAUAAUAUUAUAUGUUGCUUCCAAAAAUGUGUAGUUACGACCAGCAAGGGGCCACCUGGAGUCAGUCAGCCAAUCAGAUCACAGUAUAUCUGGGGGCCGGCAGUAUGUUGAUAUCAGCAGUGUGACUGUUCACACAUCAACUCAUAUUUCAUACAUUAUCAAUGCAACAAAUGUCCUAUUUUGUAUUAAAUGCCAGAGUCUAUAAAUACAUAUGCUAAAGUGUUACAUUUGAUACUGUGUCUAAAAUUAUUUGUAUUUACAGUAAUUGCAAUGUUUCCUUUUUUUGUUAUUUUGCCAGUUAUACAAAGCUUGUGUAUAACUUUAACUGUACCAAUGCACAAAAGCAUUGUGACCAGUUUGGUGAUUGAGAGUGUUCAACAAAAAAGUGUGCAGGUCCCAGGCGCCUCUAUUUGCUAUUACAGAAAUCGGAUAUUGGUUAUUAAGUGUUAUGCAAGUAGAACCAGGUCUGCCCAAUGCAAGCAAUGAAGAGGCCGUCAUUAGACAAGUAUUAAUCUAGCAGUCAAGAUUCAAUAAGCAUGUACUUGUACUGUUUCAAUGUGUAUACGUAACAUUCAUUUUGCAACAUUAUACUUAUCCACUGAUUUUUUUAGAGCCUGUUCCACUAAGACAUUUUGCAGUAUUGAUGCAAAAAUGAUGAGCCCACUGUAUGCCAAAAAUUACAUAAUGCAAAGCUAAAGAUCUUAUUUACAUAUAUUAAUAUUCAUAAGUUUGGGGUCAGUAAUAUAUACAUUUUUUGAAAGUAAUGAAUACUUCUAUUCAGAUGCAUUAAAUUGAUCAAAAGCGACAGUAGAGUCAAUAAGUGUUACAAAAAUUUAUAUUUCAAGUAAAUGCUGUUCUUUUAGAUUUAAUCAGCAUUGGCAGCGCGAUUUAUUGUAAUGCUUUUGUUCUCAGUUGGUCAGAACAAAAGUGGCAGACAUGUUACUUGUUCAGACGACAUUUUCCGGUGAAAAUUCUUAUUUUGGUCAUACUUCCAAGACGUAGAAUCUGUGAUUUUGAAGUACAGUAUCCACACCAACGUGGUGACUGACAGCAAACAUUAGAUUCAUCCGCGCUGAAGAGCCGUGCUGAUGCACAACCCACGUAAUGAUGAUAAUUCUGCAAAUAACUGCAAUUGCAGGUUUCAAACAGAGAUGGUGACAAAGCGGCAAAACGUACGGACUGCAGCUUUAAAAAAAAUUUAUAAGGUGUUAAUAUUUUUUCCACAAAAAUAUUUUAGACAUUGAUAAUAAGUAUUUCCUGAGCACCAAAUCAACAUAUUGCUGCUGAAAUUUCAACUGUAUAUUAAAGGAACACCACUUUUUUUGAAAAUAUUUUUAAAUAUCAUUUUCCAACUCCCCUAGUAUUAAACAGUUGAGUUUUACCGUUUUCAAAUCCAUUCAGCCGACCCCUUUUAGCAUAGCUUAGCAUAGUUCAUUGAAUCUGAUUAGACCGUUAGCAUCUCGCUCAAAAAUGACCAAAGAGGUCUAACGGUCUAAUCAGAUUCAAUGAACUAUGCUAAGCUAUGCUAAAAGUGGUUCCGCCAGACCCGGAGAUCGGCUGAAUGGAUUCGAAAAUAGUAAAACUCUAGGGGAGUUGGAAAAUGAGCCUAUUUUCAAAAAAAAAAAAAGUGGAGUGUUCUUUUAAAAUAGAAAAUAUUUCUUUUAUAUUGUAAUUGUAUUUCACAAUAUUACUGUUUUACUGUAUUUUUUGAUUAAAUAAACGCAGCCUAGGUGAGCACAAGAGAUGCUUUCAAAAAUCGUACCGACCCCAAACUUUUGAACAGAAUGUAUAGUCCUUGCGUAUUGAAAUCUCAUAAAAUUGUAGAAUAUGUUUCAUUAUAUUUGACCACAGAAUAACCAGCACAAACUGAAUCAAGCGGGUCUUUGAAUCCUGAAAACGCUUUAAGUUCUCCAGGCGUAUAUAAAACAUUUUAGGAUGUAGGUAUAGUGUGCAGGCAUCGACAUUACACCAAUUUUCUGGACUGUGAAAGCCUCAUGUUCUUUAAAGUGCAUCUUGACCAUCUCGUAGGUAAUGUAGAUGCAUAUCUGUUCCCUCAAAUCACAGGUGAAGUGACCAUCUUGUCUUUACAAGAACUGCCUGAGUCAGCCUGACAAAUGACCCUGAACAUCUCAUUUUACAUCACAUUCUUGAAUAUCUUUGCUCUGAUUACAAUUUUAUUUUGCUUUCUGGCAUUUUAUCAUGGCCAAAGCAGCCUUUUUAUGUUUCAUCUGGCAUUCUUAUUAAGGUUCAUUCAUUCCAGAGAGAUGACAGACAAAAGACUUACAAACACAACAAGGGCAUCAUCCACUGACUCUCGGUUAACACAGAAUAAGUCUGAGUAUGCCUGUUGUUUUUCUUUUUAUGUGAGUAUAAUCCUGAAGUAAACUGCGACAGUACCUGUGUAAUUUUGCUGUUUGAUAUGCAACUAUAUUUGUCAGUGUAAUGCAAGUUCUUUUGUGAAUGUGUGUACUGUAUGUCUGAAUUUAACCAUGAAUUGAAACAAGGAUAAUGAUGAUGGAAUAUGAUGAAGAUGUUUAGGGAGCUAUGUGUAUGGGUAUUUCUAUUACAAUAUUGUUAUGUUAUAUUCAUGAAACCGAAUGGGAAGGGGCGGGUGAGGGUUUGCUGUAUUUAUCUGUUAUAGUGUUAUAGUUGAUAAUUGGAGAAAUGAAGGAGCAGGGGUCUCCCUUUCAUGCUGAUCCUUCUAGAUUCAACACAUCCUAAUCUAUUGAGGUUCGGAUCAGCAUUAAAGGGCAGCUUCUGCCGACACUGGUGAAUUGUGUGAGCACUGUGAGGAAAUGGAUAGAGGAGAUUUGUCAUGAAUAAGUGGAAAAGAUUUGAAUUUCUUGUGACGGUGUGUUGGUGCACCCAGCUAACAAAAAUAUGUUCUAAGAACGUUUUGCUAACGUUCCUGUUAAAUUAUGAAAACCGUAUUUCUGAAUGUUCUCAGAACAUGUGUUCAUUUUGCAAGCAUUAUGGGAACAUUACUAAAAAUAGUACUAAGUAGUAACGUUCAAAAACGUUAGACGACCGUCCAAGAAAAAGUUACAGAAAACGUUCCAUGAAUUAGCCUAUGUAUAAAUAACAUUUUUGUGCAAAUGUUUUGAUAACGUUAAUAAAGACUAGAUAAACAGAACGAAAAUUGUAUUAACAUUUCUAGAAAAACGUUUGUUCAUAACUUUGAGAGAACCUUGCCAGAACAUUCUCAGAACGUUCCUUGUUAGCUGGGCAUUAUGUGUUGAUGUUGUUGUGUGUUAAGAGGAGGUGGUGUUUCAAAGUCAGAGCAGCCGAGAAGACUCAGGUGCUAGCUUACACUCUGCCUCAUUAUACACACAUAUUAACACACACAUGAUCAUAGACAUAUACUCACACACACACAAAUCAACAUAAAACAUGCACACACACAGACAUAGCACGGUUGGUUCUGUCUCUCACGCAUUCACACUGGGGUCCUUGCUCAGCUGCAGGCAGCCAGUACAAGGCCUGAAUGUAAUUUCCUCAUUGCCAUUGUUAUAAUACUAUAAAUUAUAGCUUACUCGAGAAAAAAAAAGAAUAAUUGUGCUUGUUGAAAUAUUGAGAGAGAAAAAAAAGUUUUCUUUUGUAACUGGCUUUACAAAAUGCUUUAAUAAAUUAUUGUAAUUUA